AUGUUCACCAGAGCUCUUUUCAUGACAGCGCUCAUAGCUCUCACCUCUGCUUCGCCGACUAUAUUGAGCUCUCGUCAGCAACCAGGUGAUACAGUCUACUACCUCGCACCCACAGCAAAAGCGGCAGGCACUGCUGUAGAUGGUGCUGUUCUCAACGCUGCGGAUGGAGGUCUUUUCAUUGGAAAGAACACUGCCACAUCCUGUCCGAGCAAUUACCUCACAUGCGGAGACUUUACAAACAUCACCGCCAUUACUCUCACGGGCUCCAGCGCAAGCAUGGAUGUUGCGGUUCCGGGAGGCCAGGCAGCUUACAUAUCUGGGGACGGGGCAUUUGGCUUUUCGUCUCCUGCCGCUGGCAUUCCCCCAACAGCAACCCAGACGGGAUUCACGCGCAUCGAGAGAUUCGCGCCAACAGAGACAUAUGCAGCUGUCUGGUUCAAGGGCUCGGACUGGCUGGCUUGUCCCGUAGCAGAUUCCGUCGGCGUUUAUCAGGUCAGGGCUGCAGCAAUUGGGGACAAGACUGGUUGUAUCUAUUUCGAGAUGGCCGCCAUUGAGGUGGGCAGUGAGGAACCCCAAGCCUAUCAAUAUGAUUCACCACUUGUCGUUUCUUGA